CCUAAGUCAAACUCUUUUACAAAAAGGGGCUGGUAAUUUUUUAUAAUUACAGAUAUACCCCUGCUUUUGCACUGAAAAUUUUUAACUAUCAACAAGGAUAAACACUACGUUCGCACAUUACCCUAUGUUCUAAUAUCUUAUAUUGGGGUGACCAAUGGCGACUCUCUUCUCUUCCUCUCCACCGUCCCUUCCCCUCCACCCCACCCACCUCGACGCCAUAGCCGUCUCCACCAGCCCCACAUCGACCCUCACUCCGAGCCCGGCGACCACCUCUGCCUCCUCCCCAACAACGUCGAGGUCCAUCCCUGGUACAAUGCUCGGUCGAUGUAAGGCGCAGCAUUGGAGUCGGGAAAUGCCUCCCUCUGGGAAGUCAGGCGGCGGUGCCCCCUCCCGUUCCUUCAAGGAGGUGCUCCUGGCGGCGGCCUCCGUGGUCUCAUCGGAUUCGGUCUCGGCUCCUCCGGCGAGCCCUCUUUGCAGCACCUCCCCAAGAAUCCUGCUGCGCCCGGCUGACUCUCGUCAGCCGCCUUCGAGGCGUAGUCUGGACGCCGGGGGCCGGCAGGAGGUGGAAAGCCAACGUUCCCGUAAGACUCGCCUACGGGCAGAACGUGAGCAACGCCGCAGGGUGCCUGCAGACCUCCGCGGGCUGUGCUUCAACUAUUUCUCGCCGAAUCAUCGUGUUGGCGCCUGCAACAACCGAACCCGCUGCUUCAAGUGCUGGCUGACGGGACGUCGGGCCUACUGGUGUCCAUUCUUCGAAUGAUGAAGAAGACAACCAACUUCUCAGGCGUUGAGACUUUUGUCUUUUCUCCUGAAAACAAACUUCGAGUGUUUCCUCCAAACUCAUAUAAGUCCAAGCCCAGAGAUCAUAUUGUCCUAGAUGAAGUUCAAGAAUGCAUACUUGACAAAUUCUGGUACCAAUAUAAUAAUAAAAGAGAGGAAAAAGGAUAUAUGCUCUCAA